AAAAAUCGAAGGGAAGGGAGGACCGGCUGUUCCGGUGAGCGGUAGCAGGAAGGGCAGCUAGCACUGCCUACUUAAAGCAGACAUUGCAGCCCAUUCUUCCCCACUCCCAAUUUCGCUUCUAUAAGAUCAAGCCUUAAUUAAUCAUGCCCUUGUGAUGUGGGAUUCAUUUGGUGCCAUAUAACCCUGUCAAUCUCCAAGUAAAGAUAUUGUAGCCAUAUAUCGAAACAAGUUUUUCUUCAUCAAUGGAGGCCAAAGGCUACACGCAAGACGGGACAGUCGAUCUCCACGGCCAGCCCGCGCUCGCCGCUAGGACCGGCAAGUGGAAGGCUUGUGCUUUUCUUCUCGGGUACGAGGCAUUUGAAAGGAUGGCAUUCUAUGGAAUAGCUUCGAAUCUAGUAGUGUACCUGACAAGCCAACUUCAUGAGGACACUGUUUCAUCAGUGAGGAAUGUGAACAACUGGUCGGGAGCCGUGUGGAUCACCCCUAUUCUUGGAGCCUAUCUCGCCGAUUCUUACAUGGGACGCUUCUGGACAUUUACCAUUUCCUCUUUAAUUUAUGUCAUGGGAAUGGUGCUAUUAACAAUGGCAGUAUCCAUAAAAUUCCUGAAGCCAAGAUGCGAAAAUGGAGUGUGCAGCAAGGCCACCUCGACACAGGUGGCUUUCUUCUACACAUCCCUCUACAUAAUAGCAAUUGGAGCUGGUGGUACAAAGCCCAACAUCUCCACAUUUGGUGCAGACCAAUUCGAUGACCUAAACCCUCAUGAGAAAACCCUAAAAAUAUCCUUUUUCAAUUGGUGGAUGUUCAGUGCUUUCACUGGUGCACUCGUUGCUACACUCGGCCUUGUCUACAUCCAAGAAAAUAUGGGUUGGGGUUUAGGCUAUGGAAUCCCUACACUUGGCCUUAUAAUCUCUUUGAUUGUUUUCUACGCCGGCACGCCGAUUUAUAGGCACAAAGUGAGGAGGACAAGGCAUCCUGCAGCUCAUGUUUUGAGGGUUUUUGUCGCCGCCUUUGCCAAUGCUAAGGCUCAGCUCCCGGAAAAUCCCGACGAGCUUUAUGAGUUGGAUCAAGAGUAUUAUAUUCGAACGAGAAAACGUCGUGUUCAUCACACUCCCGUCUUCAGGUUCUUGGACAAGGCAGCACUAGUGAAGCAACAUAAUAACAGCAACAACAACAAUAAUAAUAAACCUAGUAGUAGUAGUAGUAAACAAGAAGCUUGUACCAUCACUCAAGUUGAAGAGGCUAAACUAGUCCUAGGGAUGGGCAUGAUAUGGGUGGUGACCCUAAUCCCCAGCACCAUAUGGGCCCAAAUCAACACCCUAUUCGUGAAGCAAGGCACCACUCUUGAUCGCCACAUCGGCCCCAACUUCCAAAUCCCAGCAGCCUCCCUCGGAAGCUUUGUCACCCUCUCAAUGCUGAUCUUCGUCCCUUUAUACGACCGCUACUUCGUCUCCUUCAUGCACAAAAGAACCGGAAACCCUAGAGGGAUCACACUUCUUCAAAGGCUCGGGGUCGGCUUCCUCAUCCAAAUCCUCGCCAUCGCUAUAGCCUACAUUGUCGAAGUCCACAGGAUGAAUGUCAUCAAGCUACACAAUAUCAAGACCAAAGAAGAAAUAGUCCCAAUGACAAUCUUCUACUUGCUUCCCCAGUACAUCCUUCUCGGCGUAGCUGAUGUGUUCAAUGCCAUAGGGCUGCUGGAGUUCUUUUACGAUCAGUCACCGGAGGAGAUGCAGAGCAUCGGGACGACUUUCUUCACCAGUGGGAUUGGAGUUGGGAACUUCUUGAACAGUUUUCUGGUGACAGUGGUGGAUAAGAUAACAGGGCAGGGUGGGGGGAAGGGAUCUUGGAUUGGGAAGAAUUUCAAUGACUCCCAUUUGGAUUAUUACUAUGGGUUUCUGUUCAUAUUAUCAGUAGUGAACAUGGGAGUGUUUGUGUUGGCUUCCAAGAAGUAUGUGUACAAAGUGGAGUCGGCUGAGGUUAAAGUUAGGUGUGUCGAAAUAUUGGAGGAAGGUAAAGCCAUGACUGUGUCCUCUUUCGGCUUGCAGGUUUGAUUUUAUUUCAUUUUAUCAAUAUAAAUAUUGUAGUUACAAAUUUUAUUUCUAGGAGUUUAUUGCAUCAUGGCCUUAUAAUUGGAUGUUUGAAUGUAGAAAUUAUCUUCAAUAUAAUUGUUGUGAUGGAUUAGAUUUAA